CGAAGCAUUCCGCCCUUUCUCAUGUUUAGCUGCGCGAUACGGCACUCAGCAAUACUCACAGGCCUGUGCGAAUUUUCUUAUUAGUCGUGCUGCAACUGUUAAUUUGCAUUUGGGCAGAGACUAAUGCUCCGACCCUUCCUUGGCCUACUAAACUUUCGUACAUCUGCUGUGCAAGCUGCGCGAAAAAUGGUUCGGUACCUAGGCCAACAAGAGGCCAUUGACGUCGAUGUGGCCCUGUUCAACGAAUACCGAUUCUCAGUGGAUCAACUAAUGGAGCUGGCCGGCCUGAGCUGUGCCACUGCCAUCGCCAAGAGUUUCCCUGAAAAAGUCGGACAGGAGGUGCUCGUCUGCUGCGGCGUUGGCAACAACGGCGGCGACGGCCUCGUUUGUGCCCGCCACCUUGCCCUCUUCGGCUACAAACCCAGCAUCUACUACGUCAAGCGCCCUGACCCGAGCAAGACCCUGUACAACAACCUGGUGUGUCAGUGCGAGAAGAUGGGAAUUCCCUUCGUGGAGGUGUCAGACGUGGACAGCAAGUACGGCUUGGUCGUGGACGCCCUGUUCGGAUUCAGCUUCAAGCCGCCUGUCAGAGAAGCUUUUGUGCCCAUCAUGCAAGCCCUGAAGACAACAAAAAUUCCAAUCUGCAGCAUCGACAUCCCUAGCGGAUGGCAUGUGGAGGAGGGUUGUCCUCCGGAGGGUGGAAUCCAACCGGAGCUGCUUAUCUCGCUAACCACCCCAAAGAAAUGUGCUGAGCAUUUCAAGGGAAAGUUCCACUUCUUAGGAGGAAGGUUCGUUCCCCCCGGAUUGGCACAAAAAUAUAAGAUGGAUCUACCAGUCUAUCCUGGGACUGAAUUGUGCGUUCAACUGAACAAUGAUUAUUUGUAGAAAUUUGAGUUGUCAAAAAUAAAUAAAUUUGAGUACAUAAUGAACAAUAGA